AUGGCCGUGGUUGUGCUUGCCCUGCUGCUGCCUUUGGCUUCGGCCUUGGUUGAUUCGACGGAUGUGGAAGAGGAAGGCGUGGACAUUGUGAUCCCGUCCGGAUGCCGCGCAGACAACUACCUGCUGGGACAGCAUAUUGAGGAGGCGUACAGGCGCGACGUCGACAACGACCAGUCAUUGCUCUUCACGCUUCAGUCCAUCAAGAAGAAUGCAGCCUGGGCGCGUAGGAUCUUCGUCCUAGAGGACCCGAACUGCGAGGUGGUGUGGAAGGCCAAGCUGAAGCGCGGUGUGAUCCCAGAGCCGGAGAAGACCACGUGGCUGGACCGCUGCGACCUCUUCCCGCACAUCCCGGCCGCGGGCUCCAAGGACCGCCAGGGCCUGCUGCGGUUCCGCCGGGAGGCGGCGCUGCUGCAGCGCCUCGACCAGAGCUUUCCGGAGCUGGGGGCCUACCACCAGGGGCCCUCACCGGCAUCCCUCAUGGAGUCGGAGCACGAGUAUUGGCAUCCCCGGCGGACUGCUCGCUCGGAGCCGACCCUGAAGGGCAACGAGGGGCCGGUGUGCCCGACCAGGAACGUCUUCGCCGUGCAGACGGUGCUGCACCACAUCCCACAGCUGGCAUCCCGGUUUGUCCUCGCCAUGCCAGGCGACAUCGCAGUGAGGCCGACGAGCGUUAGGACCUUCUUCCACGGCAUGAAGCCCAGGUAUCCAGCAGGAAGGGGCAACCUGCUGUACCAGAAUCAGUCGGUGGCUGAGCGGCUGAACGCCCAGAUCCCCCGCACCACGAAGUCCGAUCUGCGGGUCUGGGUCCCGCUGACCAAGCGCCUCUGCUCGCACAUCGAGCAGCGAUACCCGCUUUGGCUCAGCUUCGUGCGGUCCCACCGCAAGGGCAAGUUCUCCAGCAAGCUCGACGCCUCCGGCACGCCGGCCAGCGAGCGCGCCAACAGCGCGGAGGAGUCCUUGCAGGGGGUUUGGUGGUGGUACCUCACCUCCCACCCCCACUCGGGCAUCCGGCACCACGGCAACCUCUUCGAAGAGCGGCGUUUGGGAUGGGACCCUGGGGAGUGGGAGCUGCUGGUGGCGGACCCGGGCUCCACCAUCGUGAGCCUGGAGGAUGGCAUCGACAGCAUCAACAGCGGGCAAGUCUUCAGCCGGACGUUGUCGCAACGGAGGCAGCUGAGGCACAAGCUCAAGGGCCUCAUCACCAUGGAGGUGGACUCUGGAGGGCAGGCUGAGGAGCCGCAGGACGAGGCAGAGGAGGACGACGUCGAUGUAGAAGAAGAGGAAGCUCCGGCGCCAGCCAAGUUCAUGCGGUCGGAGCGCUGA